AUGGAGGAACCUGAGUCUCCAUCCUAUCCAACCCAGCCUGUUCUGGGGAGGCUCAGGAGGAGGAUGAUACCCCCGGCUUUGCAGAAGAAACAAGAGAUCCACGUGGCCAAGGCCAGGCGGAGACGCGCUCUGAGGUCGGAGCUACCGGUCAGGCAGACCAGCUGCAUCUUCCAGCAGCCGGUGACCACAGUCAGGUCCCGGCCCGGCGACCAGGUCAGGCGCAAGCUAGGGCAGGAGCACCUGGAGAGGCCCCAGCAACUCUGUGCCUACGGGAGGCUGCAGGGGCUGCAGGCCUGCGACAGCGAGGGAGAACCUUGUGGCCCACUAGAUUUUUCAAACGCCUUGAGAAUCAUCGCGAAGGGAAUUGCAGAGCAGUGCCCGGGCGGGGCUGGCGCUGCGGGUCCCCAGGACAGCCCCGGGCGCGCCCCCGGCCCGGCCGCCACCGCUGCAGCAGCAGCAGCAUUCGGGGAGCUCAGCCAGGGAGCCCGUCUCCACCUCCCGCCGCUGCUGCCCCUGCCCAGCCAGCUGGUGACAACUGCAGACAUCCGCAGACAGGAGCGCAGGGUCAAGAAGGCCAGGCAGAGGCUGGCUGAGGCCCUGAGGGCGGACAGACUGGCCAGGGAGGCCGAGAGAGGGAGGAGCCCAGAGGGAGUCGCGGAGACCGCAGACCAGAACGAAGACGCAGCCGGGUAG